AUGCUCAUCCACGGCCUCUUCCCUACCCUGCUCUGUCUAACCCUCUGGUCCCUGUGUAGCCUCCUGAUGCCUGCCUUCUGCCAGCCUCACCACAGCCCCUGCAGACUGACCCAAAAGACUGCUCUCUGUAGCAACAGUGAGCUCUCGUCUGUACCUGAGGGCCUACCUGACAGCAUAGAGGACCUCCACCUGAACCACAACCACAUUCAGACGCUACAAGAUGACUCCCUCUCCCGCUACGUCUCCCUUCGUACUCUAAACUGUGCCGACAACCGCUUGGAGACGGCGGGGUCCAAGCUCUUUCACAACUCACCUCAUCUAGAGAGCCUCAAUCUAGCUGCCAAUAACCUUCACGUUGGAUACCGGCAAACUAGCCUGGCGCUGCUCACCUUGUCUAGACUCAGAGUUCUGGAUCUGUCAGAAAACCAGCUUACAGAGGACAUGGUCUCCGUCCUCCUCCAGAACAUGACGUCGCUGGAGUACCUCAACCUUUCCAGGAACCUCCUGUUGAGGCUGGAUGAAAGCUCCUUCAGCGACCUCCACCAGCUCAGAGAGCUGGACCUGCAGAGGAACAUGCUGUUUGAGAUUGACGAGUCCUUCGAUCACCUGCACAAGCUCCAGAGACUCAACCUGGCCUUCAACUACCUGCCCUGCCUGGUGCACUUCCACAUGACCCAGCUGGUGGUCCUCAAUGCCAGUCACAAUGCCAUUGAGUGGUUCAUAGCCAACCAAGACCUCCAGGAAGUCUUCCAGCUGGAGACCCUGGAUCUCACAGACAACAACCUCCUCUUCUUCCCCUUUCUGCCCACCCACAGCCGCCUGAGGAACCUCCAUCUGUCCCAGAACAGGGUGAGCUUCUACGAACACCUGGCGGACACCGCUGCCUACCCCAACUGGAAAACAAGUGUCCAGUUCUACAACCUGAGGGGCAACAUGAGCAACGUCACAGCCAAGUUGUGGGAUGAGAGCCUGCACGGGGACAUCUCCUCUCUAGACCUGCUGGAUCUGAGUGGAAAUCAGGUGGGCUACUUCCCCCAAGGGUUCAUCAGCAAAAUGCCAAGCCUGACCAGACUCAGGAUGUGGACAAACUGUCUUGAGGUCUUGAAUCUAACUCUGGAAAAGCUGCCGGGGACGUUGUACGAGUUGGACGUGAGCAACAAUAGGUUGACAGAGCUCCACGCCGACCAAGUUAGUUUGAGAAAGCUAGGCAACCUGAGCUUCCUGAACCUGAGCCAGAAUGACCUGCAGAGUCUACCUGCUCAGCUGUUUUCCUCUCUCACCAGCAUCAGCUCUGUGGAUAUUAGCUACAACAGAGUUGGCGUGUGCCCCCUUGAGGCAUGGGGUGGGGGCAUGGGUGGGGGUAACCAAUCAGACUGUGUCGUUUGGAGAAACAUAAUUUCUCUGAGAUAUCUCCACCUAUCAGGGUGCAACCUGGGGAGGCUGCCAUCAUUAGCAUUCGUAGGGACGCCCCUAACACACCUGGAGCUGUCUAACAACCCAGAACUCGUCAUCGGGCCCAGAUCGAUAAAAGACCUCAGCAGAACUUUACACCAUCUAGGAUUGGGAAACACAGGCCUGAAACACUUUGACUUCUCUCCUUUCCACCACUUGAAGUCUUUGAACAUUUCCAGAAACUCUCUUACUCAGCUCCCUGCUUCACUGCAACAUCUGGAGCUGAGGCUGCUGGACCUGAGGGACAACAAACUGACCACCGUCCCCUCAGCUCAGGCUAACGUGUUAGCCACGAAACUCCACACUGUUUUUCUCAACGGAAACACUUUCAACUGCUGCCAGUUGGACUGGUACAGGACGUUCGAGAGGGCAAAAACUGUCACUAUCGUGGACCUCUCAGAUAUUUCAUGUCAGGAUCUGACCAAAAGGACACACAGAGUGGUGCUUGUAGACUCCCUAAUAUGUGGCGGUAGUGACGGAGAGUCUGUGUACUGGUACAUCCUGCUGUUUAUCGUACCUGUUCUCUGUCUGGUUGGAAUGUCUGUUAUCUUCCUGCUCACCUUUAGGCCCAGACUGCUUCCCAUGGCCAUUAAAAAUACAUGCUGGAGUCACCUUCCCUGUGUUGUGGAAGAAAAGUCCAAUAAAGAAGACACUGGCCGUGUCCAAAUACCCAUACUAGAGUUCUAAGUAGAAGGAAAUAGAACGUUUUAUAGCAAGUGCAAUUACAAAAAAAACUAGUAUGCUUUAAAUGCCAGAAUGUUAUGUUACUUUGAGAAAGAUAAUCAUCUUUCCAGGCUCACGUGUGUUUGGCAACAGCUGAUAAUGAGAUCAUUCCUUUAUUUAAACUAGGCAAGUCAGUUAAGAACAAAUUCUUAUUUGCUAUGACGGCCUACCCUUGCCAAUUUCUGGGCCAAUUGUGCACCGUCCUAUGAGACUCCCAAUCACAGCGGGAUGUGAUACAGCCUGGAUUCAAACCAGGUACUGUAGUGACACCUCUUGCACUGAGAUGCAUUGCCUUAGACCGCUGCGCCACUCGGGAGCCCAAGUGGCUGUACCAAAAUGAAUGAAUGGCGGGAAUCAAUGCAAAUGCACAUUAGAUGAAUCAUUCUCAGGAUCGAUGAGCCUAGUAUGUUGAUUACUGCAUUUGUUUGUACUAAACAGUACGUAUGUAGUACGAUUAGUACACAGAAUGUAGUUUUAGUCAGUAGUAGGCAAGACAGAUUUCGGACACAGCCAUAGUCAUAAAUUACAAUUAUGUCAAAGUGUGAUGUUUUGCACAUACAGUAUCAAUACAAUUUCAAGGCAGAAACAAAUGUUUCCUUACAAAGCAAUUGAGUUUAGGUAAUUCAAAAACAAUGUCAUAUUACAUGUGGUGAUAUCUCCCAUUGGAAACACUUAAAACGAACAUAUCCUGCUAAACCAGAUAAAGAACUGCGUGUUACAAUGUUCAGCAGCAAGUCAACCUUUUUUGCAUUGUGAUAAUCUGUAUGUGCUACGUGUGGUUGGUUCACACGAUCGCUGCCUCUGGGGGCCUGAAUGUGAGAAUAUGGCUAUACUCCACAUGUCUUUGUGUGUGUGUGCGUGCGGUGUGCGUCUGUGUGCAGAAGUUUUGUGAUGCAAACUGUUGCUAAAAGCAGCGGAGGAAACAUGACAUUUCCUGUUUUGCUGAGAUGUGCAUCAACUGCCCAGUUUUAUAUCGGACUCAGAAAGGACGGGUUGGCGGUUUUCACCUCAAGUCAUAUUUGUGAGGCACAGCUGCAACUCUGGUCACAGGAACCGCAAUUAUGUUGUUCUCUAGUGUUACACUAAUAUGCAUUUGAACAAUUUAAUUCUAGUAUUUGGAUAACUACAUCCUUCAAAUGUACUAUGUGAAUUAUAUAGAGAUAUACCAUGUUCUAUAUUUAUGGCCAGUCCUAUAGAGGAAUACCAUGUUCUAUAUUUAUGGUCAGUCCUAUAGAGGAAUACCAUGUUCUAUAUUUAUGGUCAGUCCUAUAGAGGAAUACCAUGUUCUAUAUUUAUGGUCAGUCCUAUAGAGGAAUACCAUGUUCUAUAUUUAUGGUCAGUCCUAUAGAGGAAUACCAUGUUCUAUAUUUAUGGUCAGUCCAAUAGAGGAAUACCAUGUUCUAUAUUUAUGGUCAGUCCUAUAGAGGAAUACCAUGAUCUAUAUUUAUGGUCAGUCCUAUAGAGGAAUACCAUGUUCUAUAUUUAUGGUCAGUCCUAUAGAGGAAUACCAUGUUCUAUAUUUAUGGUCAGUCCUAUAGAGGAAUACCAUGUUCUAUAAUGAACUAAAAUAUAAAAUGUAACAUGCAACAAUUUCAAAGCUUUUACUGAGUUACAGUUCAUA